GCCUUGCAGGCGUCUCUGGCGGGCUUCGCUGAGAUCCGCUCUUUCGGUGCUCGACUCGCCCGUGCUGCUAUCGCCGCCGAAGGAGGGGCAAAGCUCAAGAUGGCGGACAAAACGCCAGGCGGCUCUCAGAAGGCCAGUUCAAAGACGAGAUCAUCAGAUGUUCAUUCAUCUGGAUCUUCAGAUGCACAUAUGGAUGCAUCUGGACCCUCAGAUAGUGAUAUGCCAAGUCGGACACGACCUAAGAGCCCAAGAAAACAUAAUUAUAGGAAUGAAAGUGCCCGUGAAAGCCUUUGUGAUUCUCCUCACCAGAAUCUCUCAAGACCUCUUCUGGAAAACAAACUUAAAGCAUUCAGUAUUGGAAAAAUGAGUACAGCUAAGCGAACUUUAAGUAAAAAGGAACAGGAAGAAUUAAAGAAAAAGGAGGAUGAAAAGGCAGCUGCUGAGAUUUAUGAGGAAUUUCUUGCUGCUUUUGAAGGAAGCGAUGGUAAUAAGGUGAAAACAUUUGUGCGAGGGGGUGUCGUUAAUGCAGCUAAAGAAGAACAUGAAACAGAUGAAAAAAGAGGUAAAAUCUAUAAGCCGUCUUCAAGAUUUGCAGAUCAAAAAAAUCCUCCAAAUCAGUCUUCCAAUGAAAGACCACCAUCUCUUCUUGUGAUAGAAACCAAAAAACCUCCACUUAAAAAAGGAGAGAAAGAAAAGAAAAAAAGCAAUUUGGAGCUCUUCAAAGAAGAAUUAAAGCAAAUUCAAGAAGAGCGUGAUGAGAGACAUAAAACAAAAGGCAGAUUAAGUCGAUUUGAACCUCCUCAAUCAGAUUCUGAUGGUCAGCGUCGUUCUAUGGACGCGCCUUCAAGGAGAAAUAGAUCAUCUGGUGUUCUUGAUGAUUACGCACCUGGCUCACAUGAUGUAGGAGAUCCAAGCACUACUAAUUUAUACCUUGGAAACAUUAAUCCACAGAUGAAUGAAGAAAUGCUGUGCCAAGAAUUUGGACGAUUUGGACCGUUAGCCAGUGUGAAAAUUAUGUGGCCUAGAACUGAUGAAGAAAGAGCCAGAGAGAGAAAUUGUGGCUUUGUGGCCUUUAUGAAUAGAAGAGAUGCUGAAAGAGCUUUAAAAAAUUUGAAUGGAAAAAUGAUUAUGUCUUUUGAAAUGAAGUUAGGUUGGGGUAAAGCUGUACCUAUUCCUCCACAUCCAAUAUACAUUCCGCCUUCUAUGAUGGAACAUACGCUUCCCCCACCUCCAUCCGGACUGCCUUUUAAUGCGCAGCCUAGAGAGCGGUUAAAAAACCCUAAUGCUCCUAUGUUACCACCACCUAAAAACAAAGAGGAUUUUGAGAAGACUCUGUCGCAAGCCAUAGUCAAAGUGGUUAUCCCAACAGAAAGGAAUUUGCUCGCCCUGAUACAUCGAAUGAUAGAGUUUGUUGUACGUGAAGGGCCAAUGUUUGAAGCUAUGAUUAUGAACAGAGAAAUCAACAAUCCUAUGUUCAGGUUCUUAUUUGAAAACCAGACACCAGCCCAUGUUUACUAUAGGUGGAAGCUUUAUUCUAUUCUGCAGGGAGAUUCUCCAACUAAAUGGCGGACAGAAGAUUUUCGUAUGUUCAAAAAUGGAUCUUUUUGGAGGCCACCACCAUUAAAUCCAUAUUUGCAUGGAAUGUCAGAAGAGCAAGAAACAGAAGCUUUUGUAGAGGAACCUAGUAAAAAGGGAGCACUUAAAGAAGAACAGAGGGAUAAAUUGGAAGAAAUCUUGCGGGGAUUAACUCCAAGGAAAAAUGAUAUUGGAGAUGCAAUGGUUUUCUGUCUUAAUAAUGCUGAAGCUGCUGAAGAAAUAGUGGAUUGCAUUACUGAGUCAUUGUCCAUCUUAAAGACACCCCUUCCUAAAAAGAUUGCCAGAUUAUAUUUGGUUUCUGAUGUUUUGUACAACUCUUCAGCCAAAGUUGCUAAUGCUUCAUAUUAUAGAAAAUUUUUUGAAACAAAGUUAUGUCAGAUAUUUUCAGACCUCAAUGCCACCUAUCGUACAAUUCAAGGUCAUUUACAAUCUGAAAACUUUAAGCAACGGGUAAUGACUUGCUUCAGAGCAUGGGAAGAUUGGGCAAUUUAUCCAGAACCAUUUUUGAUCAAACUACAAAAUAUUUUCUUAGGACUUGUAAAUAUUAUUGAAGAAAAGGAAACAGAGGAUGUACCAGAUGACCUUGAUGGUGCCCCCAUCGAGGAAGAGCUUGAUGGUGCACCUCUGGAAGAUGUAGAUGGAAUUCCUAUUGAUGCUACUCCCAUCGAUGAUCUUGAUGGAGUCCCUAUAAAAAGUCUUGAUGAUGAUCUUGAUGGAGUGCCUUUGGAUGCAACCGAAGACUCAAAGAAGAAUGAGCCUAUAUUUAAAGUUGCCCCAUCAAAAUGGGAAGCUGUGGAUGAAUCUGAAUUGGAAGCACAGGCUGUUACAACUUCUAAAUGGGAAUUAUUUGACCAGCAUGAAGAAUCAGAAGAAGAAGAAAAUCAAAAUCAAGAAGAAGAAAGUGAAGAUGAAGAAGAUACUCAGAGUUCCAAAUCUGAAGAACAUCAUUUGUACUCUAAUCCAAUCAAAGAAGAAAUGACUUAUUUAUUUUUAAAAUGUUUAAUUUCACAGCUCAAAGUUAUGAAGUUUCAGGAUGAACUGGAAUCUGGAAAAAGACCUAAAAAACCAGGCCAGAGUUUUCAGGAGCAAGUAGAACACUACAGAGAUAAACUUCUUCAACGAGAGAAAGAGAAAGAGUUAGAAAGAGAACGAGAAAGAGACAAGAAAGAUAAGGAAAAAUUAGAAUCUCGCUCCAAAGACAAGAAAGAAAAACGAUCAGAGCGUUCAGAAAGAUCUCAUAAAGAGAGCUCACGGUCCAGGUCAUCUCACAAAGAUUCUCCUAGAGAUGUUAGCAAAAAAGCCAAAAGAUCACCAUCUGGUUCAAGGACACCUAAAAGGUCUAGGCGGUCACGAUCUAGAUCCCCUAAAAAAUCAGGGAAGAAGUCCAGAUCCCAGUCCAGAUCUCCACACAGGUCUCAUAAAAAGUCAAAGAAAAACAAACACUGACGUAAAUUUUUAAGAUGCUGUCAGUUAUUGGAAAUGCCAUUUGUUUUGUGCCUGAACGGUCUGUUUUUUAAAAAAACAAAAACAAAAAAUCAAAUGAAAGAGCAUUCCUGGGGUUUUUUGUUUGUUUGUUUGUGAAUGCAUGUGUAAACUCAUGAGGUAACUGCAUCUGUAGAUCUGUCAUUGUUUUAUAUUGUGUAAAUUACUUUCAUUGUGGCUAUUUCUCAAAGGUGAAAUUUUAUUGUGCUAAUGAAUUUCAUCAGAAAUGUGUAUAAUGGAUCUGCUGGCAGUAGUAAUAUUUUGUUUUAGGAUGUUGUGACUUAGCAAAAAUAGUACAGAUGUCUUCCCCCCUUUUGUAGCUUUGAAAAUUUGAAUUAGAUUUCAAAUAAAAUCUGAACAGAAAACUAUAAUGUUGUUUUUUUGCCCCGCUGGUGAUACUAAGUCCCUUAAAGUCCUACUGAGUUUCGUACUACUGUUGUGUUUCAUAAACCUGAUGCACUUUAUAAGCUCCAGUGUUAAAGUAGCUUAAGUUUUUUAUUUACAAAGAUGACUAUCCAAAUUAAGGGACCUGAAACUCCUAUUUGAUGGUUUGCUAACCAUUUUCUUUGAUAAGUUUCUCUUGGGUAAUACUAAUACCCAGAUAGCAAAAGACUAGGCAGAUAUGGCAUGGUGUUUUGUUAGUGGGAUGCCUGGAUAAAACAUUUUUUCACAGAAGCAAUAUGUAUUCCAUACAUCCAACCCAUGUUGUGAGUAACUACUUACUUUUAGGGGAAAAUUAAAUAUCUUCUUCAUUUCCUCUUCUAUCAUGAAAGAAGUUUAUUUGUAAAAGAAAUUUUCUAACAAGGUUUGGCCAUAGAAUUCUCUUGUAUGAUAGUUGACUUUUUAUAAUCUUCUGUAGGCUGUCUUUCAAACACUGGCAUCAAAAUAUUUUUUUACAAGUUUCUGUUUAAACAGCUUAGUUGGUUUCCUCCCCACCCCUCAAGAGACUUGGGUUUAGUUAUAGCUUUAAGUAAAAUUUAAAAAUAAAAUGUUUUUCAGGAAACUUAGUAUCUAAUGGUUUGUAAAUUCAAGGUGCAAAAAAUUGAUCUAAACCAUUUACAGAGUUGAACUCUAUUAUGAAAAUAAAUUUGCUACAGUAUAAGGAAGAAAUAAAACGUGUAAUGUUGGUGGUCGUAAUAUUGCUACAAUUAUAAUAAAGGGUUAUGUAGAAUUGAACUGAC